GCAGCAGCAGCCUCUAGCGGCCGUCGUCCACACUAUCACCAGCUGCUGCUGCUGCUUCACCAGCUGAUUCUUAGCUGCCUCAGGGACUCACAGCUGGCUGGGUACUAUGAUACCACUCAGACAGCUGAUUAAAACUGUCCCUGCUUUGUGCAGAGGAUUGAAAACCUCCACUGUAAGACAUGGAGGAGGAUGGGUUUACCGCACAGCUCCUGAAGCUCCCCAAAAAAUAACAGUGAUGAAGGCCGAGUUGUUGGGAGCAUUUAUGUGGUGGUGGAUUAUUUACCAUCUCAUUACAGAGCCAGAGCAUCUUACUGGUGAAUUCCCAUAUCCUGAUGUCUCGAAGUGGACUGAUGCUGAGCUUGGCAUUCCACCAGAUCACGAGGAUUAAAAAUAUUUAGACAAAUUUAUUUUGGGCUAAACUCUAAAGAAAAAUAUAGAACUUACUCAAUGGGAGCCAUAGAAGUAAUAUUUAGUAAGAGCCUUUCAGGUAUUCAGCUGUGAACAUGGAUAUACUGUACUGUAUUAAUAAGUAAUAAGACCUAUAAAAUAUGGAUAUUAACAAUAUCCCACUUCAUAUUGUGGUAAAAUCCAUCUUUUUAUGAUAUAAAAAAAUUGUUAAAUUAUUUCAAAUCUUAUUCUGUGAAUCAUUUAAUAUCUUGUGAUUUUUGUAAAUAUAUACCAAAUUAUA